AUGCCCAGGAAACAAGACGCCAAAGGACCUGACAAUCCACGAGACCGGGACGUGACGGUGCAGUCGGCCUACGGGGACGAGGGGAUGGGCCGGCCCUGCAUGCUGGCGACCUGUUGGGCACAGGAAGCGUCCGGGUGCCCAACCGUACCUGCGAGGGUAAUGAACAAAGAGACACGGGCCAUAUUGGACACCGGCAGCGUGGUCACCCUCCUCCGCCCCGACCUGGCGGAGGGAAGGGAAGGGUCACCCAUGGAGGUGACAUGUGUACACGGGGACACCCGAACCUACGGGACCUGCCACGUAGUCAUCCGGACACCACAGGGGGUGUUCACGGCUAGGGCGGGGAUCGUACCACACCUCCCGGUGCCGCUCCUGAUCGGGAGGGAUUGUCCGAUAGCCCACCAGAAGCAGAUCAGGCCUCACCGGGAGGCCCACCAGAAGCAGAUCGUGCCUCACCGGGAGGCCCACCAGAAGCAGAUCAGGCCUCACCGGGAGGCCCACCAGAAGCAGAUCAUGCCUCACAGGGAGGCCCACAAGAAGCAGGUCAUGCCUCACAGGGAGGCCCACAAGAAGCAGAUCAGCAGCCUGUGGGACAAGAAGCUAAAGGCGGCGGACAAGGAGAGGAACCGCGAGCUGCAGGACCUAACGGGCAAACAGGACAGCCGCGAGCAGACCGACGCUGAUGCCUUGUCCCGACGCGAUACCUGCCUGGGCGGGUUCCCCUACUACCAGGGGGCCUAAUCAAGCGGUGGAGUGUGGCGUCCCGCCCCUUAAACCUCGGUCCAGACGGACCCGAGGUUUCAUCCUGGACGGCAAAUACUACCGUCAUCCACCAGCCGGCGACGGAGAGCACCCGUUGAACCCCAAUCGGCGAGAUGGGAGACACCUGGCUGGACAGCCAGGAAGACACUUUAAAAGGAAGACACAUUUGGGAGGAACGGGAGCGAGGGAGAAGGAAGCGCUCGGGUCCGCGAGCGACUAGAGGCUCACGGAGGCCCUAGAGACCGCAAGCAUAUUAUUUGUCUAAGAUGUAUGCAAUAAAUGCCGAGUGCGGCUUAACCCUCGCUGAAAGUGUGAUUCCUACCUGGAACCCGGCACAUUGGGGGAGCGGGUUACCACACCAUAUUAAAAGGAAGUUUACAGGGUGUUAAUGUGUUUAAAGUGAGGGGUGUGAAUCUGAGGUUUUAGCUCAUGCUUUUUUUUUUUUUUUUUGCUUUGUUCUACAUGACACCUUCUGUUUUGGCAUUAUGUAGGGUGAGUAAAGUGUGUGUGGUGGCUUUAUAUCAACGAUCUCUGUAAGGAAAUGCCUGUGUUAACGUUGACUUGAGAAACCUGCUUUCUGCUUUGGUUUGAGAUGAGCAAUUAAAAAUAUAUAAUUCCC